CCCCCGUUUCCAGACCAGCCGAGCCUCGGCGAGCGCGGCUGCCCCGAGCGGCGGCGGUGGCUGGAGGGGACCCCGGCCGAGCUGGGCUGCGCCGCCACCGGGAACCCCCCGCCCCGCGUCACCUGCGCCAAGCUGGGCGACCCCGCCAACGCCACCGAGCCGGGCGACGGCCAGGAGCCGCCGCGGGCCACCCCCAAUGUCACCCGCGCCCACGCGGGCACCUACCAGUGCCGGGCCAGCAACGCACACGGCUCCGCCGUCCGCAACGUCACCGUGGCCGUGGAGUGUGAGUGCGGGGGGCGAUUUUGGGGGGCACCCCGGGGCUCCGGGGCGCCCUCAGCAGCGGCGGUUUUCCCCCCCGGUGCAGACGGCCCCGCCGCUGUCACCCUGCGCGUCCUGCCCUCCGCCAACGUCACCCGCGGCAGCGGCUUCACCGUGGACUGCGGCGCCGAGGGGGUCCCGGCGCCCACCUACAGCUGGGCGCUGCCCCCCGCCCCCAACGCGCGCCUGGCCGCCGACAACCGCUCGGUGACGGUCACCGGGGCCACCACGGCCAACCGGGGCCUCUACACCUGCACGGCGAGCAACCGGCACGGCCGGCGCGCCGCCAGCGUGGCCGUGCGGGUGGACG